CGUUACCAGCCGGUUGUCAUUUGAUAGACUUGUAUCAAAAAAGAAACAUGGUUGGAGCGAAAACUUUCGUGUUGGCAUGCGCGCUGGCCGUUCUGCUUUGUGUUUCUAAUGUGGAUGCGGUCUUCAAGUGCUACUCAUGCAUAGGGACUUCGAGUAGUGACAGCUGUUCGGACGAGUUCACUAAAAGUUCUAGUUUGGAAAGUGAAGCAACAUGCCUGAGCUGCAUCAAGGGAAAACAAGGCGACGUUGUUGUUAGAUCCUGUUCUGCGACUGCUCUUAGCAACGGAUGCACGAAGUCGGGCGAUGCUGAAGCCUGUAACUGUGACAGCGAGCUCUGCAACGGCUCCAACAACAUGGCUGUUUCCAUGGCAACGCUCCUUGGAGCAACACUCGUCUUCCUUUUUUCUAAUAUUUAAUAAAUUUGACAUGCCAUGGCCGUUCGAAAACAUACUACAGCAUACAGUAAUCUUUCUUAAUACAUGCGACAACAUGUACUCUAUGUCGACAAUUAACAUAUACGAUUACAUAUAAUAUAUAUUUCAAAAAAAUAAAAAUGAAUGUAGAUAUCUGUUAAAUGGUAUAAAGUUAUACAUGUCCUAUUGUUUAAUUUCAAUAAUAAUUGAUUUGAUGAUAACAAUAUUGAAUGGUUCCCUAAAUAAUUGUUGAAACUGUCGUUUACUUUUGCGAUUUUCUUUUUCUCCAACGAAUUAAAAAUGUUACUAAAAUAUACGACAUAAAAUCACUAAUAUGGACUACCUAUCGGAAUCUUUUUUUUAUUAGUUUCUUUCUUUUGUGUGUACUGAACCAUAAAAAUCAAACGUAGUAGUGUGCAUAUUUAUGGCGUUUACGAAAUAUAAAACCACAGACAUUUAAGCAAGUACAGUUUCCAGAUGGUUUAUAUUCUUACACUGAUGUAUCUUUAUUAAGCAUGUUUUUCAAGUAUCAGCACACGACCACUUACACUUAAAAUAUAUACAUGGUGUUAAUGGUUUUCAUACAGUUUAUUAUGAUUUCGCGUCUUUUAUAACUGAUUUACACAGUGUUGACAAAUGAAUCACUUUAAAAUGACAUUUUUACUAUCAAACGAAAUGAUUAGCUACUUGUAUAAGCCAUGAUACAUAAGCCUUUAAGUUACUAAUGCUAUGAGAAGCAACAAGGAAAGUUAUUUAUGUUGUAUACACGAAUCACCAUAAAUAUGUACAAUUAUAUGUGUUCGUAUGAAAGCAAAUAAAUUUCUUUUUCUAUCUGCCUUAACAA